AUGACGGAAAAGAAGAAGGAGAAUACCCUCAGAUUGGAGGAAGCUACACUCGACGAUAUCCCCGCCUUGACGGAGACGGCGUGGUGGGAUGAGGCGAAUGGGGGGGAUAUGCGGGAGAAGAAGGCGUUUCAGCGGUUUGUCGAGGUUGUUGAUGUGAGCAGCAGCGCCGCUAGGGGCAGACCGAGGAUCGCGGCGUGGGCCAAGUGGGAUACGAGUAUGCCGGCCGAGAGGGGUCGGCGGUAUCCCCCUUGGGCGGGGGAUAUGCCUUCCGAAGGGGAGAGGGGGCGGGUUAUGGGGGAGGAGAGGCAUUAUUAUCUCGACACGCUGGUCACGCACCCCGACUACCAGCGCCGGGGCGCGGCGUCAAUGCUGCUUGCGUGGGGGUGUGCGCUUGCGGAUGAGGAUGGGGUCGCGGCGUAUGUUGAUGCUAGUAAGGCCGGGGCGCCGCUGUAUGAGAGGUUUGGGUUUGUGGAUGAGAGUUUGGAGGGGGAUGGGGAUGUUGCUUCUAUGGUGAGGCGGAGGCGGUGA